AUGGGAUUGGAGUCUGAGUUGUGUCCAGACUACGACUCAACGACGCUUCCCUGGAAUGAUUUGCGCAGCAAAGUGUCCGAGGUCUUGGCAUGUGCCCUCAGCUCCGAUUGUGGCCGCACCUUGCCACUGCCCCCAUACAGGUUUCUUCUUCCGAUCGCGGAUGAGAUUUGCUAUCGGGACAGCGCGGACUUAGCACGUGUGAAGCUUCUUUGUCCUGCCGGGUUUGCCUUGGCAUAUGCUUGCGUGAUCUUCUUUGGGCAGAUGGAGUCGAGUACAGAUCCAGUGCAAAUCUAUGGCAGUGGGAAGUUUGCCGCGAAGCUCUUCUUCGACCUUUCGCCUUCCCUGGAGCUCUCUGAGCUCUCCUUCGCUGGGGCGCGGCCGCUGCGACUGCUGAGCUUCCUGGGGUUUCAGUCGCAGCGGGCGCUGCUGCGAGUACUGAACAUGCCGGCAGAGACUCCGGCGGCGCCUCGCGAAGCUUCCAGCUUCUGGUUAUCCUUCGAUGGCCUGAACACCUCCAGCCGAGGUGCCCAGGACGAGGAGAAGCGGCGCUUCUUUGCACUCGCACCGAGGCUUUGCGUUGAGGUCGUCCACCCGGCCGGCACGCCCCUGUCGCUUCUGCGGAAUUCCGUGGAGUCGCUGGCCUCUGUAGGUGUUCUCGCAGGCUCCUCGGAAAUCUCGCUGGCCGUGCGAUUGCAGGGCGGCUGCGGAGGUGAGUGGUCCAGUGAUGCAGCUCCAGAGGGCUGGUACUUGGCCUGGCUCCGACAACGCUUCCGUUGCACCCAACUCUGUGGGGAUGAGGUGAAUGCUUGCGGGGACAAGCCCGGUGUCGUGCUCCUCGUGCACAGCUCUUGGCAUGCACUGCCGUUCCGGCCCGAAACCUGGUGGUUCACGCUGCAUCAGGCGGCAGCGAUGCUUGCAGGAAAGCUUGGUGGUCCACACGUCGCAGCCGUCUCCCUGAUGGAGAAGACACUGCAGGGAGGACAGGGUGCCUUGGGAUCUGGAGGCCGCGCCCUCAAAGCGCUGAACCGACAGAUGGAUGAAAGCGACUGGAAGAAUCUGGUGCUGAGCGUUCCAGCAAUGUCUUCGAGCUGGAACCUGACCGAGGUUCACGACAAGCUUUUCGAGAUUUACUACCUCUUUUCCGAAAACGGUCAAGCCAAAUCAUGGUCACGAACAUCACCCCCAGAGGGCGUACGGCGGUGCACGCCCUCCUUGCCGAACCUGUGUGCGCCGAAGUCCUGGUGGAAGGACUGGAGCCAAGACGUCUGGCUGCUCCCGGCUGCGCACUUUCAAUCCGCCGGGGGUGCUGAGGUGGGACAGAGCUUCGUGGCUCUCUUUAACGGUCUUUUUUUGCCUGGCAGAGGGUUCAGCCAUGACCACGCCCCGUCCGCCCAGACAGCAUUGGGCAUACCGCCGUGCUACGCGUGCCAUCAAGUGAGACCAACAGCCUCCGACUUCACAGUGUACAUCUCUGUGUUGGACGUGCUGGGCCCUUGUCGCGAGCUGUUUAGCAACAUCUUCAUGGAUGCGCUGGAAGCCUUGCAGCUCGCAUCCUUCCAGGGACCUCAGGUAGUCUUGGUUGAGCCUUUCAUCUGCAACGCCGUUUGGCAGCGCUACGGGGAGCUGGAGGCCGCGGAGCUGCGCGCCAAAGCUUUGGCCGAAGGUCGCGACUGGUCCAUCUACUCGAACUGGAAUCCGAAGACUGCGUGCGGGCUGCGACACGGCAGCGUCACGGCUUUCGGAGCGCUCUUCGAUUGGCCGGGUCUCAGCUCCUGGUUUCAGGAGGUCCGUGGCAUUCGGGGCCAGGUUUCCUGGGAGGAGUUCCUUCGACGUACUGGUGGCACCUUGGAUGUGCUGGCCAUGCAAGCUGAUCACCCCAACGAAGGUGGCCAAAGAGUGCGUUGUGGGGACUCCGACCAGCCAGAGGUGUUGCGUUUCUACGAGUCCAACUUGAACAUCCAGCGCCGCGUCUGUGUGCGCAACAUGCAGCACAGCGAUGGCUUUGAGCUUCGUCUGUUGGACGAAGGCCGGUUGGCAGAAACUGUGCAAGCCACGGUCUCGCAGGCGAAGGCAUCGGGAAAAGCCUGGGCUUCUAUUGGACUCUACCUCUACUGGGUCGAAGGCGCGGAGAGGGCACGUCUCCAUCCCGGUCGGUAUGGCUACCUAUCUGUCCACUCCUUUUACACUUCGAUUUGGCGUGGGCUUCGGUUCUCUUCCUGGGUCUAUCGGAGGGCUGCAGAGGUGGCCAGGAAGCUGAAGCUCCGAAUUGGGAGGAGUGGUUUUGAAGCUUUGGGGCGCAGUCCUUACAUGGCAGCUCAUUGGCGGAAGGGAGACUGGUUCCUAGGGCCGCACCCACGGAAGCUAGAGCAGGCUGAACUCGCCGAGGUGCCUAAGUUUGCAUCGAUGUUGAAAGAGCACCUCCAACGGCUCGGCCUAAGGAGGCUCUUCCUUAUGACGAAUGCUCCGGCCACCAGCCAGGCCGUCAAAGAUCUGAGUCGCGAGCUCGCGGGUACGGCAGAGCUGGUGCUGGCGCCGCCGCUUCUGGGGGACAGCAACAGCCUGCGGCAGCUUUGUGUGGAGAUGGCCCUGGCCGCUGCCGCCGACUUCUUUAUAGCCUUUGGUGACGGGCUCAUCCGUGGCCACGUCUCCAUGCCAUCUCUGUUGGUUAUGCAGAUGAGGCUGCACGCAGAAUCCUGGCCUAUUCAGUCACAUGCCUUCUCCUUCGCUGCCCCGGGCCAUUUUGAUGAGGACUGGCUUGGCCUGUGA